AUGUCAGGCAGUUCUCAUUCGAGAACUAAGUUGGAUUUUCUGUUUUUGCAGCUCAAACAAGGGCGAGUUGGAGUUUUUGAUGCAUUCUUGCCUCUAGAUACGUGGAAAUCGUUAUUUGAAAGAGAGGAGACACAUUUAUUUGCACAAAAUGACUACCGGGAAGAGUCGGAUUCCGACUACAUAGCUUUAAGUGAAAGCGAAGAAGACUGUGAUGUCUCCGGAGAGAGUGAUUUUGAAGAAAGUGAUGAUGAAAGGUUGGAAAAUGAGGAAAGGGAUUGUAAUCUAUUCGCCCGACGCCAUGUAUAUAGUAAGAUGGGGAACUGGGAUGCCUCAUGUGUAGACAAGGAUGAGUUUGCUCUUAAGAUGUGGGAUGAGACACCCGAAGGAAUGGACAUUGAUGUUUGUUUCAAAUCUCAAUCAGAAGCAAAGCAUGCUAUGAAAUUAUGGAACAUCCAUCAUAAAAGGGAAUAUACGGUCGCCGCGAGUAGUCCAAGGACGUGGGCUGUGCGGUGCAGAACAUUUAAUGUGGAAAGUGAGGAUGGUGAACCACCAUGUGAGUGGAAGAUGCGUGUGUCAUUGAAAGCUCACGGCCUUCAUGAAAUUGUGAGAAGGCAUGAUGCACAUAAUUGCAUGACUCCUGUGAAUGAUAAUGACAGUCGGUGUGUGGACGCGUCUUUGAUUGCUAGACUCAUCAGGAGAAAGGUUGAGAACAACGUAGAUUAUACGGUAGCCUCGACACAGAAAGAUGUGAAGACCUUAUUGAAAGUAGAUGUGCCAUACAAAAGGGCGUGGCACAGGAGGAGGAAAGCCAUAGAAGUAGUCUCUGGUGAUUGGACAUCGAAUUUCGAAGAACUUCCACGGUAUAUCGCUGCGCUUAAGUUUACUAAUCCUGAGAUUGUAGUAGAGUGGGAAUGGAAGGAGGGACAAGAAGGUUGGAACAGGGGAAAUAAGACAUUUAAAUACGUCUUCUGGUCAUUUGCACCGGUGGCUGAGACGUUUUUUGAAUGUCCACCGGUCAUUUGUAUCGAUGGAACCUUUUUACGUGGUGGAUACAAGGGUAAAUUGCUUGUUGCGGUGGUCUAUACCGCAAACAAGCACAUUUUACCGGUUGUAUUUGCGAUUGUGGAUGAGGAGACAGUAGAGAGUUGGACAUUUUUUAUGAGGAAUUUGAGGUUGUGGGUUGUGUAUGAUAGAAUCGUAAGUGUGAUAUCCGACCGGAAUGCAGGGUUGUUGAGCGUAAUGUCACAGAUGGAUGAAUGGCGUCAUUUAGGUGAUGGUGGGCACUUUCUUUGCCUCCGCCACGUUCGCAGCAAUCUUGUGUCACGAUAUAAUAGCAAAAAGGUGAAGCGGUUAUGUUGGGAGAUGGGCACGACGUUUUCAAGAGUGAAAUACAACCGUAUGAGGGCAGAGCUUAUUGAAUUCAAACCUGCUGCAUGGGAGUAUCUUCGAGGGAUUGGAGGGAGUAACUGGGCUCGAUUGAAAGCCGGUCUUCGCCGUUGGGGCAUAGCGACAACCAACAUUUCUGAGAGUUACAACAAUGCGUUGAAAGGGAUCCAUUUUUUACCAAUUAGAGCCUUGAUCGAUGCAACCUUUUGCAAAACUGUUAAAUUCUAUAGAGAAGAACAAUUGUCUGCGAGAAAUUGCAUGACACCGAUCCCUCCUGAGUUAUGGAAAAAAUACGAGAAAAUGAAUGACAAAGCAGCUAGUUUUGAAGCCACCCCUUUCGAUGGUGAUGAUGCUAUGUGGCGUGUUGUUACUGCCACACGCCUAAGUGGCAGGGGUGGGUCUCUGCAUACGGUGAACUACGAUGAACAUAGGAUUGAAAUGGCGACGCCGGCAUCGGGCUCGCAAUAUGACUAUCAACCUAAACAUCUUCACCCGGGACCUAUACAAGAUAAAAUGCUAUAUCGUCAAACAAAGCAUAGGUCCCAAGCUGUCUAUGAGAACAAGAUACCGGACAUUAAAACAUUCCGCCUCAAGGGCUGUAGAUACGACAGCGAUUUUUGGGCAUUACACAAAAAUACGGCACCGGAGGUUAAGGAAGUCAUUAGGAGAUCCUGUUUUGAGGGGAUCAUGAAAGUAGGGUGGGAAUGUAGGUACACCUACGGCGACGCCCCAAGGAGCAGCACUCCACCUUUUAGAGAUCAAUUAACAAGUCCGCGUGUUGAAGAUUUUCGGUGGCAACCAUAUGCACAUGUCCUCCAUAGACUCCCUGAUUUCUGUACACAAGGCCAAGCCAUUUGGACGACUAGGUGUUGGAUGUUCUGUUGGGCUAUUAGGGAACUCCACGAGUCGGGCAGAGUCGUAAGACAAUUUGGAUACAUACAGGAUGUUCCCAAGCGCCCCAUGAUUAAAGAUAACGCAGCAUUCCUUCUCGAUCACGCCCACAGUAUGUCUGGGUAUCCUAGCAAUAAUUGGGUGGACCACCAUUCUGCAGUACGUCGUCAUUGGAAUAGGAAAGAAGAGUUUGUGCUACGAGAUUUGGAGGAAGAAGAUCCUGGUUCCGUAUAUGAGGGGUACUAUGAAUGGUUCAUGGUGAACACUGUCAGACUGAUAUCCUAUCCUGGUAAUUAUGAACCUCAAGGAUACGAGACUUCUUCCAGCCGCGUGAAAUUAUAUGGUGAAGUAUUGAACAACAUUCGCGUGAGUACCGAGAGGUUUAGAGAAAAACGAGAAGAUGAUAAUCUCCUAGACGAAGAACUUGACAAGCAUUUGGACGAUAUCAUCAAUCAAACACAUGCUGUUUUAACCUUAGGCGCAAAUGAUGAGAUGAAGGUGGAGGAUACCCAAAUCCUGGUUGAUGAAGAUCCAUCUUUGCCCUCACAACCUCCGCCGGGUAAAAAAGCGAAACCGUGGUCGAGAGAUAAGAUUGGAGGAGGAAGAAAGAGGAAGUUCAACAUCGCUAAUCCGACCACCGGUUGCCAGAAGAAACUGGAAAUCGACGAUGACCAGAAACUCCGUGCUUUCUAUGACAAGAGAAUUUCUCAAGAAGUGAGCGGGGAUGAAUUGGGUGACGAAUUCAAGGGUUAUGUCUUCAAGAUCAUGGGAGGCUGUGAUAAGCAGGGUUUCCCCAUGAAGCAGGGUGUGUUGACUCCUGGACGUGUUCGCCUUCUUCUUCACCGAGGCACGCCUUGUUUCCGUGGCUAUGGAAGGCGCAAUGGAGAGCGUAGAAGGAAGUCUGUUCGUGGUUGUAUUGUUAGCCCCGACCUCUCUGUCCUUAACUUGGUCAUAGUGAAGAAAGGUGAUGCCGAUCUGCCUGGUCUCACUGACAUCGAGAAACCCAGGAUGAGGGGUCCAAAGAGGGCCUCAAAGAUUAGGAAGCUCUUUAACCUUACCAAACAAGAUGAUGUUACAAAGUAUGUUAACACAUACCGCAGGACCUUUACCACCAAAAAUGGUAAGAAAGUCAGCAAGGCCCCUAAGAUUCAGAGGCUUGUCACUCCUUUGACUCUUCAAAGGAAGAGAGCUAGAAUUGCCGAUAAGAAGAAGAGGAUCGCCAAGGCUAAGACUGAAGCUGCUGAGUAUCAGAAGCUUCUUGCCUCCAGGUUGAAGGAGCAACGUGAUAGAAGAAGCGAGAGCUUGGCAAAGAAGAGGUCCAGGAUUUCAGAGGCCAAGAAGUGA